UGCCCUAUCUGUUAGCACCAAUACCGCUGUUCGUGGAUAGAGACCAUAACGCCGCGCGUGUUUACGUUCGUUUUUUGCUACCCUGACAACAACGCUAAUAACUUUUUUUUUAAGUUUAGUUGAGGCCCCGCUAGCUAGUUAGUCCUGCAGUUUACAUUUUCCUAUUUGCAACGAUUGCAUAGAUUUCCCUAAUGUCUUUCACAAAUCGCUAAACGGGUGCGUCAGGUGUAUCAUGGGAGAACCAGUGGCAUCGAAGACCCAAAGCCCACCAGCGCAUGGAAUAUCUGUCAAUCGCAUUGGCAAUCUGCUGAGGAGAGUAUCCAUAGCUGAGCCUUCUUGUGGUGAAGAUGAUGAAGAUGAUGAACAAGUAGAUAAGGAACUUCCCCUACCAAUUCCACGAGACCCACUGAAAGCAUGUCUAACAGUCCAUGUGAAAAACUGCCAGGAGUUCAACAAGAACUCUUCCAUAAAAAAAGGCACCCAGGGAUUCUUGAGGGUGAGUGUUGGCGGUAAGGUGAAGUGCACAAUGGUCCAGCUCUACAAGGACCCAAAGGCCUGCCAGACCAAGUUCCCCCUCUACUUCAACGAGUGGAAGCAUUUCUCCAUACAGAUUCCCAAGAACAGUGAUAACCCAAUGGGCAUCUUUGAGUCACACCGUCUGGUUGUGGAGCUCAUCUUCUUCGAGAAGGAGACCGGUGUUCCCAAGCUCAUCGGCAAGACCUUCGUCAAACUGCUGGACAUCCUUAACAAGUCACAAGUGAACCAUCUGGUUGAUCUGAAGCACAAGCGGCAGAUCAUCUGUAAACUGGAACUGGAGAUGGUGAUCACUUAUGGAUCCCUGGGUUACGGAUACUCCCACCAGUUGAAACAUCCUAUGAGAGACAUGGAGAGCUUAGUGGAUCGCUCCCUGUUCCUCCGCUGUCCACCACCAGAGGAACGUAAAGACGCUCACUAUAAUGUAGUCACUCCCAAACCAGUAGAUUAUCCUGACUUCAUCAGGGCCCUGACGCAAAGAGAAACCACCGAUCCGGCCGACAGCCCGAUCUCCCCUAUCAUCCUAAAAUGUAUGGAGAGGAGGGGAAGGGUGCUGCAUAUUCAUGAGGCGAUAAAGGCCUUCGAGUCGUCUGAGGAUGGCGUCCAGUACCUGGAAAACCUAGUGUUGAAGAGGGGGAUUCCAACCGACACCCCAUGGAGGGUGAACAAGAAGUUGUUGGUUCUCUCUAAGUGGAGGAAUAAGGCGAAUAUGGUUUCCACGCUGCUCAAAUUUCAAAAGAGUUCGCUGGCCAAAAAGCCGAGAGACGACACUGAUGGGACAGCACCCAUGCCGAUGCAGAGCGUCAAUAUGCAACAGGAGAACAAACUCAUAAUCAGUCAGAAUGAGGUGUGUGAUGUUUCUGAGAUUUCUCCCAGAAAGACCCUGGCUGCAGCCUCUGGACUGUCCUCACAGUCUGCCCAGAAUGCCCUGUCUUCUCCAGCUCCACGCCUGUCCCCUUCUGAUCAAGACACCACACCUAAAUCAACCCUGGACCAUAAGGAAUCUCCCUGUAGCAGUGUGGCCUCAUGCUCCAUGGAGCAUCCUGCCCUGUCCAGGGCCAACUCUAACCCCAGGCACGUCACCCUGGUCCUGCCUGAGAGUGCCUGCACCUCUGCAUCCACCUUAUCUCAACCCGGCACCACUCACAUCCCUCAAUCCACCCAGCUGGUCUCUGUUCCCCACCACCUGGCGUCCCACUCUGUUCUCAUUCCCCUGACAGAAGAGGGAGAAGAAGAGGAGAAAGUGAACGCCCCGUUGUCCUCCUCCUUUAUUACGUCGCUCUCCUCUCUAACAUUGACUCCUGAGGUGGCACGAACCCUCCAUGCCUCCCCCGUGUGCUUGCGCCAACAGAGCCAGCAUGGGCCGACAGUGGAGCAAGAGGACUACCGACCAUCUAGCCCCAAGUACCAGCAGCAGCAGAAUCACCAGCCUUCUAGCCCCAAGUACCAGCAGCAGAAUCACCAGCCAUCUAGCACCAAGUACCAGCAGCAGAAUCACCAGCCUUCUAGCCCCAAGUACCAGCAGCAGAAUCACCAGCCAUCUAGCACCAAGUACCAGCAGCAGAAUCACCAGCCAUCUAGCCCCAAGUACCAGCAGGGGCAGAAUCACCAGCCAUCUAGCCCUAAGUACCAGCAGCAGAAUCACCCGCCAUCUAGCCCCAAGUACCAGCAGGGGCAUUGCCAGCAAACAAGACCCAGGUACAAACCUUACUAUAAGCCCAGGCAGGAGAGCCUGUUCAAGGGAAACAGUGACCGAGAGCAGAGGGGGGUUGCUAGUUGCACCCUUGGAGGAGUUAGGGACUCUGAGUGGACCCCGCCCCAAAGAGACACUGCUGGGAUUGGCAGCAUGGGAAGUGGGUGGAAGGGGCUUGGCUGUCUUAGUUCCAGAGAGCAGAGGGAAGAGGAGAGCCCAAGCAGCAGCACCACCUUCAGGCCCACCCCACUGAGGGACCUGGCCCCACCUCAGCUGCUGGGGGCCUGGACUGAGAACAUUGCCACUGUGCCCAUCCCCAUAGGAAAAGGUGGGGGAGGUCUGCCCGCGGCCUUGGGAACCAUAACACCUCUCCCCCAGCGGAUCUCCCCCCCAUCCACCCCACCUUCAUCCUACCGGCUGAGUGAUAGCCCUUUGACAGGCUUGUCCAUUCCCCCCCUGACUAUCAGCUCCAGGGUAACUGACACGAACUCUCCGGGUCUGGAAACCGGGACUCUGAAUGGUUCCUCGCUCACUGGCAGCAGGUGGUGUGAGCUCAACCCCCCAGCUUUGACUGCAGGCAAGACCAGCAGUGGCAACAGCACUGAGAAGAUUGCCCAGUCACCAGGAGCUAGCACCAGCACAGACCCACUCACUUCCAGGUUAGGCAGUUUCCCCACCGGAGGUGGUUUAGAGUCUGGGCAGUGGUCCCUCCUAUCAGACAUCGACAUGUCACCCCUCCGCAGUGGAAUAGUCUUCUCCCCCCUCUCCCCAAUCUCCUCCACAAUACCCCUCACCCCCAGCCCCAACUCGCCCCCUCCCGGAUGCCACAGAGGCAGUAUGCCAGGCAAGGACCGACACAGAAGCAGUACGCCAGGCAAGGACCGUCCUUACCACAGGCAAAACAGAGACUGUUACAGGAAGAUGUAGAAAAUUAUACAUCUUGUUGGCAGCUCUAUUUUGUUCUUGUUUUUGUUAGUUUCAGUAUGUUAUCUAAGGAUGAA